CAGUCCAGAUCGAAGGAGGACGGAGUCAAGCCGUGAAAGCGAACAGAUGUGAACCGGACUACGAAAAGAGAACAAGCUGUAGUUAAAGACGAACCUUUGAUUCUGCUAAUAUGUGGCAACCUGCGUCGGAGCGAUUGCAGCACUUUCAGACCAUGCUGAAGACCAAGCUAAAUGUGCUGACGCUGAGGAAGGAACCGUUGCCCACGGUGAUCUUUCAUGAGCCUGAGGCCAUUGAGCUGUGCUCCACCACACCGCUCGCAAAGAACAGGACCCAUGCUGGAUACAAGGUGACCUACCUGGGUAAGGUGACUAUCUCUGGGACCCAGUUUCUUUCUGGCUGCACAGAGUCAGCAGUGGUCGGUCUGGUGGAACGUCGUGCUCUGGCCCAGCAGCAGGGCACCUGCCCCGCGGACAACUCUCUGCUGGAGAUUCGGCCCUUCCAGGUGCGCCUUCACCACCUGGACGAGCACGGCGAGGCCUCAGUAACCAUGGACACCUACCAGGUGGCGCGGAUCGCCUACUGCACAGCCGACCAUAGCAUCAGGCCCAACGUAUUUGCCUGGAUCUACAGGGAGAUCAAUGACGACCUGUCCUUCCAGAUGGACUGCCACGCCGUGGAGUGCGAGAGCAAGCUGGAGGCCAAGAAGCUGGCACACUCAAUGAUGGAGGCUUUCCGCAAGACUUUCCACAGCAUGCGCAGCGAUGGUCGCAUCCACAAGAGUGGCUCAUCGGACGACUUUGCUGAGGACUCAUCCACCCCUGAAGACUCGACCCCAGACGACGGUUGAACUGAAACUCACCUAAGCUCCUGAUCCCCAUCCUAACAAAGCGAGGGGUGACUGGAAGGAUGGACAGAUUACCUGCUUUCUCUCAUUCUCCCCCACUAUCUCUCUUUCUGUUAUCAAUUUGGAAUAAAAUUAACUGACCCUGUGAACCGACACACCCAGGAUAAUGAAGUAGCUUUUAAAUACUGUAAAGGGAAGGUAGAUGGAAAAGGAGUUACUGAAGACCUACACUUACAUACAGGGAUAGCAAAGUGCUGCCACUUUGAAUAAAUGGUCCUCCAAGACCCGCAGGGGCCUUUUAAGCACCUCUGUAAACGCCCUCAAGAGAUUGACUCAGCAUUUCCGUUUUCAACCACUGUCACUCCUGCACCCAGCAGAAACACUGUUUGUGGUUCUUAAGCUUUUUCAUCUAGGAAAACAACAAAGUUUAGUCCCUGCUCUUCUGACCCCAUCUCAUGAAAACCUAUUGCUACUCUUGCCAUGUAGGGACCCAGCAGAAAUAGGCCUGUGACCUAUUUUGGGUCCCAACCCAGAGUUUAUGAGACUGUUGAAGCACAUAAAUUCUUUAAAUGUUUUAAUUAUGUGGAUCUCUGUUACAAUGCCUUCAACCCUGGUAAUAGCAAAUGAGGAUGUGAAAGAAAAGCUCAGCCUUUAAGCACUACUCGCAUCAUCUCUAUAGUACCUUAGUCUAACCCCAAAAUUAUUCGCCGGAACGGCUGGUUCUCAUGUGGGCGAUGGAGCCAGAGCUUCUGUCUCUGUCUCCGUUUAAUAGGUACUUAAAGAUCCUGAGUAUGUUAAAGGCACCUGGGAGGAUAAAGGUGCUAAAUGAUUCUACAUUUUAGAAGUUCUCUCCAGGCUGAAAGCCUGGGCCUGUCUCAGACACCUUAAUCAUCCACAUCUGACUUUUGUUCUGAGUAUACCAAAAUUCAGGCUGGAUUUUGCCUGUCAGAUUAUGUGCCUCACUUUCCUCUCACAUUAGUUUGGUCUCUCACCCAGGUCCCAGUGUGUAUGUGUGGCCAUGUGUGUGUGUGCUGGCCUUUUUGUGUGUGUGUGUGUGUGUGUGUGUGUGUGUGUGUGUGUGUAUGUGUUUCUCUGUGUGUAGGUGUAAUUGCUUACUUCUGUACUUUGUGUAUAUGAAUGUACACGUGAGUGCUUGCAUCUCUGUGUGUGAGAGAGAAAUAGUAAGAGAGUACGAUUAAAGGGGUGGGGGGAGGGGGGGACUUCUCAUCGCCCCGGAAGCAUCCAUUUUUGAUGCUUAAGGAGGCGUUUUAAAAUCAGACAUGGUACUGUGACCAUUUGCCACGUUUUCUUACUUUAAUCUUGUGUGAAAUGAAAAUAUGAGCGUGAGAGUCUGAAUGUGCCGGUCACUGAGGUUGUAGAACCUUAAAUCACAGCCGUCCAAGAACACGACUGGCACGUCCUGGCCUCUGCUGAAUGUAUGAUGAGUCCGACGUGCUAUGAGCACCUCAUGCCAUCUCGCUUCAGUCACUUCAGUCUCUCAUAAUCUCCUCAUGCUCUCACAGACAGCUGUAACAGAGCGAGCCGGUGAUGAGUUUCCUCUGCUGCUCCCUGAGCGACUGAGGCAUCAUUGUGGGGCAAAAACUCGCCACUGUCUUCUUUUCUAACUGGACUGUGUUGAACAGACUGGAUGCUGUCAGUGGAAAAAAAAAAAGCGAUCAGAUGGCUCUGAUCAGCACACACUCUCACAUAUACGCACCUACAUACAACUACACAUAUGUACACACACAUUGUAUUUGAAUCUCGCUCAAUAAGCUUAUGUAAAUACAAAUGUAUCACUUUCCAAAUAUUACAGCAUAAAUGUUGAUAGCUAUUUUAAAUAAUAAAAAAAACAAACUUUGAGAACAUCAUA